GAUGGCGUGGAGAGCCUGGGCUCGGAGUGGCUGGGGCUGCGGCAGCCCGGCGUGGGGGGCGCCGGGGGCCCAGGACUGGGAGCUGUGCGCCAGCCGGGCCCCCACUCUGUUCCUGGGCCCCAGGUUUAACUUCUUUAUUCAGUCGAAAAAUGGAUUCAGAAAAGCACCCAGAAAGGUUGAACCUCGACGCCCUGAUGGAAGCAUAGUUGGUGAAAACUAUAAGAGAAGUGCUUUGACCCCUCCAGUUGAAGAAACUGUCUUUUACUCAUCUCCGUAUCCUAUAAGGAACCUUGUGAAACCUUUGUUUUUUACUGUCGGGUUCACAGGGUGUGCAUUUGGGUCAGCUGCUAUUUGGCAGUACGAAGCCCUGAAAUCCAGGGUUCAGAGCUACUUCGAUGGUGUAAAGGCAGAUUGGUUCGAUAGCAUAACACCUCAGAAGGAAGGAGACUUCAGAAAGCAGGUUAACAAGUGGUGGAAUACCCUAAGUGAUGGCCAGCGAACUGUGACAGGAAUCAUAGCUGCAAACAUCUUUGUUUUCUGUUUAUGGCGAGUACCUUCCCUGCAGCGAUCAAUGAUCAAGUACUUCACGUCCAGUCCGGCCUCCAAAGCCCUAUGUUCCCCCAUGCUGCUGUCUACCUUCAGUCAUUUCUCCUUGUUCCACAUGAUGGCAAACAUGUACGUGUUAUGGAGCUUCUCCUCCAGCAUUGUCAGUAUCCUUGGGAAGGAGCAAUUCGUGGCUGUCUACCUGUCUGCAGGUGUUAUCUCCACCUUCGUCAGUUAUGUCAGCAAAGUGAUCACAGGCAGAUUUGGACCAUCCCUUGGUGCAUCAGGAGCAAUCAUGACUGUCCUGGCAGCUGUUUGUACAAAGAUCCCUGAAGGGAAGUUGGCCAUCAUCUUCCUCCCCAUGUUUACCUUCACUGCAGGAAACGCACUAAAGGCCAUUAUUGCGAUGGAUACAGCUGGGGUGAUCCUAGGAUGGAAGUUUUUUGAUCAUGCAGCACAUCUUGGAGGAGCCUUUUUUGGAAUGUGGUACGUUACGUAUGGCCACGAGCUGAUCUGGAAGAACAGGGAGCCACUGGUGAAAAUUUGGCACGAAAUAAGGACUAAUAGCCCCAGGAAGGGAGGCGGGUCGGAGUGAUCCUGCUGGAAAAGAGCCGCGCCGCCCGCCUCUGAGUGACCCACCUGGAAGACACAGACGAGGGGAUGCCCCCGGCGGCCCUCGAGCCAGAAGCCGGGCCUGGAGCUCGAACGGUGUUCCCAGAUGUUUGUCUCCGUAGGAAGUGAAUUAAGAGAAAGUUGACACAAUAAAUGUUUCUGUCUCUA